AUGCCAAGACGAUCUAGUGGAAUGAAAUCAAGUGGAUUUUCACGAAGUUCCGGUCCUACAAGGACCGCAAGAGCAGCUCCUCAGCCUACACAUCAAGCCCCAUUAACACAGCAAAGUCCAGGACUGAUUGGCUCUAUCGGUGGAACUAUAAUGCAAGGAAUGGCUUUCGGAGCUGGCAGUGAGGUAGCUCAUCAAGCAGUUAGAGGCUUAAUGGGUAACAGCAGUAGCAAUUAUGCCCAAGAAUCUCAAUCCCAACCUCAGCCUAUCCAAGAACCUUGCUAUCAGCAAAACCAAGAUUUUCUAAACUGCCUUCAAUAUAACAAAAAUGAUAUCGGGAUGUGUCAGAGCUACCUCGACUUAUAUAAACAAUGCAAAGGCCAGUUUUAA